UAUACUUAUUAUUUAAAUAUAAAUAGUACAAUAUUAUCAACUGAGAAAUGGCCAAGCUGUUAGUAAUUAUAUUCAGUAUCCUCGGGUGCCUUUGGCGUGUAAAUGGGAUAAAUAAAUAUAACAACUACACACUCAUACAAAUCACGCCAUACGACAACAAACAGCUGAAGGCGCUAAUGACGCUCGCUGAUUCAGAUGACGUGGACAUAAUGAAACGCAGCCACGGGUUGAACGACACUACUGAUGUGCUGGUGUCCCCAAAAGAUCGGAUGAAGGUGGAAAAGUUUGCCAAGAUAAGACGGAUGGGCGUGAAAUGUGUAGAUCAUUAUGGCAGAUAUUUUGAUAAGGAAGUGGCACUGAUAAGAAAACAUGACCAGUACCAGUCAUUACAAUAUAAUUCCUACACAGAUAUAUCAAAACACUUAAAAACUCUAUCAAAAGAAAAUCGGCGCUAUGUAAAACUUCAGAACCUUGGCAGGAGCUACGAACGUCGAGUAUUAACCCUGAUCAAGAUCUCCGCUAACCACAAAGCUCGGAAUCCAAUCAUAUUUAUAGACGCAGGUGCGCACGCACGAGAGUGGGCGGCCCCUGCGUUUGCUAUGUACAUAAUCGACCAGCUAACGAUGGCCGCAAAGAAACCGACCCACGAAACGGAGUGGCUGCGCGGCGUGGACUGGUACAUACUGCCCGUGGUUAAUCCUGACGGCUAUGAGUACUCGAGAUCGGACCCUGACAACCGUAUGUGGCGAAAAUCAAGAUCGAAAACAUGGAGGGAGGGGUGCUUCGGGGCAGAUAUCAAUCGAAAUUACGACUUCAUGUGGGGUUAUCGCGGGGCUUCUUUCGAUCCCUGCAACUUUCAAACGUACGCUGGUGAAAAGGCUUUCUCUGAACGCGAGACGAGACUCGUCCGCAAAGUAAUGAAGACUAACUCCAAACGUAUAAAACUGUAUAUAUCUAUACACUCAUACGGAGAAUACUUUGUUUAUCCUUAUGGUUUUACGGGGAGUUAUUUGCCAGAUGAAUGGGAGAAGCUACAUCGUCUUGCACAAGUGUAUUCCAAGGCUGUAGUUAAAGCAGGCGGGCGACCGUUUAAGAUCAUGAGCGCUGGGCAAUGGUACCCAGCUGCCGGAGGGAGCGAUGACUACGCUUUUGCAGUGGAAAAGAUCCCAUAUGCAUACACUUUGGAAAUUACUGACGGCUACCAAUUCAUCUUUCCAGAGGGACUCUUGCGCACAGUUCUGCCACAGUAUUACGAAGGUUUAAAAGUUUUGGCUGAAGAAAUCAAACGGGAAUUUCCCAAUAAAGGUUGAA